CCCUCGGCUGCCCGCCGGUGCCGGCGGAGGCGGGCGGGGCGGGCCGGGGCGGAGCGGAGCGGGCCGGGCCCGUUCGCAUCCUUUCGCCCCGCCGAGAGAGCGGGAGCCGCCGGGCUGCCCAGCUAGGCCGGCCGUCGGCAGCCCCGGAGCCGCGGGAGCCACCUGCCCGGCCCCGCCGUCCCGCCGCCGAUGGCACCGCGCUGCCGCCGCCAAGGAGGAAGGUGCUGACGGUGCUCUGAGGCUCCGGGGUGUGCUGCCCACGGGCUCAGCAGGAUGAUGCCAGCCAGCCGAGAGCUCCCCAUGUCCCCUGCGGGGACAAUGUGACCAAGCAGCCGGCCCGGACCUGUGGCACCGAGCCCGGCACGGUGGGUGCAGCGGCUCGUGGCCCCACCGAGUGGGCUCUGCCACACGAAGAUGAGCGAUGGCGGGUGGAUCUCGCUCAGCCCUGCUGAGUUUGCCCAGCUCCAGCAGUACACAGACUACUCCACCAAGAAGCUCAAGGACGUCCUGGAGGAGUUCCACGGGGACGGCGUCCUCUCGAGGUACAACCCUGAACAGCCCAUUGACUAUGAGGGCUUUUGCCUCUUCAUGAAGACCUACCUGGAGGUGGAUGUACCUGAGGAGCUUUGCCAACACCUCUUCACCUCCUUCAGGCGUAAGAUAUGCCAAGCCUCCCCCGAGACUCAGCGCCAGAGCCCCGGUGUCUCGCAGCUCAGCACCCUCGGGAUCAAUGGGAAAACACUUCUAAGUGCCCUGGGACGACACACUCCUGAGCCCAAGAGCUGCCACAGCAAUGCAGCUGAGCUGCAGCCAGCAUCCCUCACCCCUGCAUCGAUCCCCAACGCUUCCCCCAGCUGGUCCAGGUCAUCCUCCCAGAAGUCCACCACCGGCACCCCUUCUGCUCACAACUCCUCAGGCUCUUCAAAGAUCUCUGGGUCCCUGCUCGGCCCUCAGUCGCCAGGCACGAGGAGUGUGGAGAAGAGGUUACCUUUCAGCCUGCGGAAGAGCCACAGCUCCCUGAAAGCCACCCCGCCACUGCCCCCCAUCCCCCUGGCCCAGGUGGUCCACCUGAAGGACAUUGUCUGCUACCUGUCCCUGCUGGAGAGGGGACGGGCAGAGGACAAGCUGGAGUUUAUGUUUCGCCUCUAUGAUACUGAUGGAAAUGGCCUCCUGGACAGCUCGGAGCUGGAUCGUAUCAUUAACCAGAUGGUGCACGUGGCCGAGUACCUGGAGUGGGACUCCACGGAGCUGAAGCCGAUCUUGAAGGCAAUGAUGGAGGAGAUCGACUACGACCACGAUGGGACUGUGACACUGGAGGAGUGGAUCCGGGGCGGCAUGACCACCAUCCCCUUGCUGGUUCUCCUGGGAAUGGAGACGAACGUGAAGGACGAUGGGCAGCAUGCCUGGAGGCUGAAGCACUUCAAGAAACCCGCCUACUGCAACUUCUGCCGCACCAUGCUGCUGGGGGUCCGCAAGCAGGGCCUCUGCUGCUCCUUCUGCAAAUACACCGUCCAUGAGAGGUGUGUGUCCAAAGAUAUUGCCUCCUGCAUCAGCACCUACGUGAAAUCCAAGAGAAAUGCGAGCGUGAUGCAGCACACCUGGAUCGAGGGCAAUUCCCCUGUCAAGUGCGACAGGUGCCAUAAGAGCAUCAAGUGCUACCAGGGCAUCACUGGCCUGCACUGCGUCUGGUGCCAAGUCACCCUCCACAACAAAUGUGCCUCCCAUGUGAAGCCAGAGUGUGAUGGGGGCCCGCUGCGGGAUCACAUCUUGCUGCCUUCCUACAUCUGCCCCGUUGUCCUGGACAGGCAGUCCCACUGCCGGAGAUCAGAGAGCGACUCCCCCGCCAGCACCAGCCCUGAGGACAGCCAGGGCUUCAAGUUCAACUCCAUGACGGUGGAUGGGCAAGGACUGCAGAUCAGCCCACGGCCUGGGACGCACCCCCUCCUGGUGCUUGUGAACCCCAAGAGUGGAGGAAGGCAAGGGGAGCGGGUCCUUCGGAAAUUUCACUACCUGCUCAACCCACGCCAAGUGUACAACCUGGACCGUGGUGGGCCGGCGCCGGGGCUGAGCUUCUUUCGGGACACUCCAGAUUUCCGCGUCCUGGCCUGCGGAGGGGACGGCACAGUGGGCUGGAUCCUGGACUGCAUAGACAAGGCGAACUUGGUGAAGCACCCGCCGGUGGCUGUCCUGCCUCUGGGAACAGGCAAUGACCUGGCCCGGUGCCUGCGAUGGGGAGGAGGCUAUGAAGGAGGCAACCUGAUGAAGGUCCUGAAAGAUAUUGAGCACAGCACAGAGGUGAUGCUGGACCGCUGGCAGAUAGAUGUCAUUCCUAGUGAUAGAGAGACCAAUGGGGACCCCGUCCCAUCCACCAUCAUCAACAACUACUUCUCCAUCGGGGUGGAUGCCUCCAUUGCUCACCGUUUCCACAUAAUGCGAGAAAAGCACCCCGAGAAGUUCAACAGCAGGAUGAAGAACAAGCUGUGGUACUUCGAAUUUGGGACAUCAGAGACCUUUGCGGCCACCUGCAAGAAGCUCCAUGACUACGUUGAGGUGGAGUGCGAUGGGACCCUGCUAGACCUGAGCAACGCGUCCCUGGAGGGCAUCGCCGUCCUCAACAUCCCCAGCAUGUACGGAGGCUCCAACCUCUGGGGCGAGACCAAGAAGCAGCGUGGUUACAGCAGGCUGGGCAAGAAAGCACCGGAGAAGCAGCAUGCCACGGUGGUCACUGAUGCCAAGGAGCUCAAGUUCUGCGUGCAGGACCUCAGCGACCACCUCCUGGAGGUGGUGGGGCUAGAGGGUGCGAUGGAGAUGGGGCAGAUCUACACGGGGCUGAAGAGUGCUGGGAAGAGACUGGCCCAGUGUUCAUCCGUCACCAUCAGGACAUCCAAACUGCUGCCCAUGCAGGUGGACGGGGAGCCCUGGAUGCAGCCGUCCUGCACUGUCAAAAUUACACAUAAAAGCCAAGUGCCGAUGCUGCUGGGCCCCCCUCAGAAAAGCAGCUUCUUUUUCCUGAAGAGGAGAAACCGAACCCGAGAUUAAGCAGUGUGUGAGGAGCUGCGGCCCAGACCGGACAGCCGCCCGCUGUGGGGUAUCCCCAAAUCCCCACUCUGUGGCAGGGAGAGGAAACACCCCCCUAGCCCAGCGAGGAUGAUUUGUCCUGGGCAGGUCUCAGAGACUCCUUCGCAAGCACCACAAGCUCUGGGCAAAGGCCGGCAGACAAGUGGGAGUGUUCCCUGGAGCAGCACUAGGACUGGCUUUUUUUUCCCUUUAUUUAAGUAACCCCCGCCCACCCCGGCAGAGCUGCAAAUGAAUGUGCUCCUAGGAAAAUGCCAAGCUUCACUUAUUUAUUUUUAAUCCUCUUGAAGGACA